GGCAUUCAACUGUGCCCGGCUGCCAUUGGCCGCGGUGCCGGUAUAAACGGUGCUUUCACAGUAACCUGUUCCAGUUGUGUUGUUAUCCACUCACUGUACACUUGAAGAAUAGUAUGUAUAAAGUACUUCACAAUCAAGACAUCAAACACGAGUGCUCGCGGUCGGGGGGACUGCACGCGUAUCCUGAUCACUUCAGGGAACCUAAAAAGCUCCGCCUCUAAGUCAGCCGUUCGCUCGAUGAUCGUCUAAAAGGUUCCUGUCCUCUGGUAGGACUCUGUACAUAGUGUACAUAGCGCUUUUCUAACGAAGGAUCUUGCCGGGACAACCCGACGGAAGCUCGGUGGCUCCAACAACGUUCACACCGGUGAUUUGAACACGAGAAUACGAGAUCGAAGAGAGAGAGAGAGAGAGUGCUCUCCACUGCAACAUUCCCCCACGCUGUACAGAACGCACGCACCAUCCAGAAAAGCACAAGCAUAGAAGCGGUUCUCGGGCGACCACGAGGAAACAAAGUGAGAACAGAUACUAGCGGAAGAGGGAGAAACGAGAAGGAUAUGAGCACGAUGAAGCAAAACGCGCAGAACGACUUCCCCCUGUGGGUGAAGUUCUUCACCGCGGGCACCGCGGCCUGCAUCGCUGAUUUGAUGACGUUCCCGUUGGACACGGCCAAAGUCAGGAUGCAGAUCGCCGGCGAGACGCGUCCUCUUCUGGUGUCGACCGCGGAGGGCUCGAUGCUCUCGAUGAGACAGACGCAGCCCGGUCUGUGGAAGACAGUAUGGAACAUCGUCAGAAUGGAGGGAGCAAGGAGCCUGUACGGAGGUCUGUCCGCGGGACUCCAGAGACAGAUGUGUUUCGCCAGCAUACGGUUGGGCCUCUACGACGGUGUGAAGUCACGCUACGCUGGAAUCAUCGACGGUAAUAACAGGAGCGGAUCGAAGAACGUUUCCGUACGAAUCGCCGCCGGGAUCACAACCGGCGCAAUGGCGGUGCUUUUUGCUCAGCCGACCGAUGUCGUCAAGGUCCGUCUGCAGGCUGGUAGCAACGGACGAUCAGCGGUGAGGUACAGCUCGACCCUGCAGGCGUACAAGAAUAUCGCUGCCGAGGAAGGGACCCGAGGCCUUUGGAAAGGUACCGUGCCGAACAUCUCUAGGAACGCGAUCGUGAACGUGGCGGAGAUCGUUUGCUACGACAUCAUCAAGGACUUCAUCCUGGAGUCCGGCUAUCUUCGCGACGGUAUACCCUGCCACGUGACGGCCGCCGUAGCAGCAGGACUGUGCACCACGCUGGCAGCGAGUCCUGUCGACGUGGUGAAGACGCGUUACAUGAACAGCGCCCCUGGCGAGUACAAGGGCGUCAAGGACUGCGCCGUCCGUAUGUUCAUGAAAGAGGGCCCGUCCGCUUUCUACAAGGGUUUCGUGCCGAGCUUCACCCGCCUCGUCUCCUGGAACAUCAUUCUCUGGAUCACCUACGAACAGUUCAAGAUCCACCUUGCCAAGAAGAUGAACAACAACAAUAACCUGUGAACGCGACAAGAUCACGAUAACAAAU